AUGUCUUUACUUGAAAAAGUUCCUUUAGAACGCGCAUCAGAUUUUGCUGCUCACAUGACAUGCUUCCUAUGGUUUGGAGAUUAUAUGAUGGAUAUUACUUCUAAUUGUUCUUCCUCUUCUUGCGGUAGUUUAGUUGGUAAUGGAAUACAUGGAAGAUUUAUUGAUUAUCAACCUACCGAUGCAUUUAAAAAAUUUUGUCGUGAUGUAAUUUCGGCUACUCAAGUUUCUCAUUCGGUAAUUCUUUUAUCAUUAUUAUAUACUGCUAGAAUGAAAAUGAAUUACCCUACAAUUAAAGGUCAAAAUGGUUCCGAAUAUCGAACAUUCACUUGUGCUCUAAUGUUAGCUAAUAAAUUUUUGGAUGAUAACACUUAUACCAAUAAAACUUGGUCAGAAGUAACGAACAUUCCUGUGACUGAAAUAAAUAUGAUGGAAAAAGAAUUUUUAAGUUCAUUAGAUUAUCAAUUAUAUGUUUCCGAACAACAAUAUUUUGAGUGGGUUCUUCCUCCACUUAAAAGAUCAGUUGAGGAAGCUUUUGUUGACGGAAUGACGGUUUCGCCUUCCAAAAGAUCAAAUUCUGUGGUAUAA